CUCGUCCCAUCGAUGGCACCUGGCCGGACUGCUGUAUCACCGACGUCGGGUUCCUCGAUGUGACAGUCCGUCCUCGACAGCCACCUGCUACUGUCCGUUUCGCCCUGUAGCGUCCACGACGCCUCCUUGUCCCGUCUUCUCCGCCCUCCUCCUUCCCCCCGUCAUGGCCGAGAGUCUGGGGAAGAAAGAGCGGAGAAAAAGCCUGAGCGUCUUCAGUCCCUCGACGACGACGACCUCCCUGUCCGGCCCCGCGGCCCAUGAACGAUCGCCCUCGGAUGACGCCCAGGUCCUGAAGAAGAAAACGCGACGCAACUCGGGAUUCUUUGGGGUCCGGCACCCCAGUCCUCCGAGAGCAACGCCAAAUCAUGGCUUGCGUCGGCCCGGGACCGCCGACUCGGAAUCGGCCACCUGCGUGACGGCCUUGCCUCCGGUGGCACUUGAGGGCCCUCGUACCCGACGCAAGUCGCUGCAGAAGCGACGGACCUCCGUCUUUGGAUCGCUGCGGUCGCUGCAUUCCCAAGAAGAUGACGACCGGUCGCUGAGCCGCUCCAAAGGCUCGUCCUUGGAUGAGGAUCCUCCCGAGCUACGCCAGGGCAUUGGCUCCAUCAUUCUACACCAUGGCGAGAUACAGAUCACGGGAGGCAUGUGGCGGAAGAAGAGUCAUUACCUGGUCCUGACGGAUACGCAUCUUGUCCGAUUCAAAAGCCAGAGCAAAGCCGCCGACAUGUUCCCCUCGAUUCCAGCAUCCUUCUCCCGUUCCGUGGCAGCCAACCGCCAAUCGGUCGCUUCUAUCAGUUCACUACAAGACCCACAGCUGUCGGCGGCCAGUGACUCCAUUGCCGGAAUUGCGCUCAACAGCAUCAUUGCGGUCUACAUGUUGGACGAUGGCAGACCGUCGUCGACAGUGGAGGUGGCCUACGUCGACGAACGGGCGCAAAAAGCCACCUUCAUUCAAAUGCAGACGCCGGAUUUCCAGGAGCUGAACUUGUGGAUGGUGGGCAUUCGCUCAGCGGCGGAAUUGAUCCGCGGGGCGGACCCGCUGAUCUUCGAUCAGAAGACGGUCGAUUGUGUGGUCAGGAUGCUCGACUACGAGCGCGAUUACGAUCCGGAGACCUUUCGCAUGUUCCGGGUGAUACAGAUGGCGUCGAGCAAGUCCCCAACGCGGGCAUCCUCGGAGGAUCUCACCAAGCUGUCCCCGACUGGGUGUUAUCUCGCCCUUGGCUCGCACAAGCUCCACCUGGUCCCGUUGCACAAGAUCUCCACUCGCAGCUCCGUCGUAUCCUUGAGUGACCUGGAUGCUGCAACGUCAUUCGGCCUCAUGAAUCUGACCUGUCUUUCUAUGGAAUGGGGAGAUGAUAGUCUGCACCUAACGUUCCGUGUACCAACCCAGAAACCGUUCUCGGUCUUUCUAGCAUCCGUGCAUUCGCUGGAGAUUGCUUUUUGGAUCAGACAACAGACGGAAUUCCUGCGUCCUUUGUGGAUAAAACAGCCGUACGACUUCAUCGUUCCCCGCGACCUGGAUAACGAAAACAACUUCCCCCCCGUGAGCCUGGAUGAAGACUAUGGCUGUUUCGAUCGAACCUUGGUCGCUUACUCGGCCAGCUACGAUGUGGACACUUCGAACAUCCGGUACACGAUUGACGUGCAAUGUGACGAUGCCCCUUGUUUCAGGCUCCUCCCCCCGGCUUCCGCUCGCCACAGGAAAUAUACCGCGCUAGAGUUGAUCGCCGUCCUACGAGCGCUUCGGUAUAACGAAUCCUUCCGGUCCAUAUCAUUCAGUGGGGUUAGCUUGGAUGUCCUGCAAGGCCUACGCGACAUCUAUGGCCCGGACAAGGAUGCACUUCUGAGCCGUGCGGGAGCGCCGAUUCAUAUCCCCGGCCAAGAGAACCUAUCAGUGCUGUCCCAGGAAGUGCGUGCAUUGACUUUGAAGAGCAAGUGGCUCCGAAGGCUAGACUUCUCUUAUACCCUCAGUCGCGUACCCAAGUCCGAUAGUGAAAGUCAUGAUCCGGGGUGUGGGAUCCCAGAAGCGAUUUUCCCCAUCUGUCGACGUGAGUUGACGAGUGUUGACUGGGUGGUGUUGAAUGGAAUCAAAUUGGGUGACUCUGACCUCGACUAUCUUGUGGAUGCCGCGUCACAGCGGUCCAGUCACAUGCGGGCAUUGGAGGUUGGCAACUGUGGUUUGUCAGUUCACGAUCUCGACCUACUCCUUUCCACAGUUAUUGCGCAGUCGCCGACUCUCGAGGCCAUGAACAUCUCCGGCGUGCAAGGCCGCCUCAGUCCCGACAUUCUCCAACAAUACCUCGGCUACUUCAGCCAGAUCAAGACGCUCGAUUUGUCUCGUAUCUCCCGCACGUCAGGCUCGGACCCACUUCUCACACCCGAGACGUUGAUCAAUUGGCGUCUGGAAGAGCUCUCCUUGAGUCGGACCGUCGUGAACCGGGAGACCGUCGAUGCUAUAGCAACGUAUCUGGCCAGCGAUCGAUCCCGGGGUUUGCGGGUGCUUCGGCUGGACCAAUGCGGGCUCAGCGGCCAGGAUGUCGCCAUCUUCCUGCAUUCGAUGGCAACCAGCGGGUUCCCUCGCGAUCUGCAUCUCUACGUCAAUGAAAAUCGCCUCGAUCAAGGCUGCACAUACCUUUUCGAUGCCAUCGCUCAAAACAAGACACCUACCCAUCUAUCAAUGAGGAUGAUCGAUUUCAAGAAGGAGGAGCAGUUCCAAGAAUUGGUGGAGGCCCUGCGAAAGAAUCGGACGUUGAAGUAUCUGGACAUCUCCAAAGCUUCCCUCCCGUACGAUGCCGGGCCCGAGACGUGCAAGUCGCUUCAGCUGAUGUUCGAGGAGAACGAGACGCUGGAAGACUUGGAUAUCGGUGGAGAAAGCGCGCACCUAGAUGUUGCCCGGUUCGGAAUCGGCCUGAAUUUGGCCCUGACUGGUCUGAAAAAGAACAAGUCCUUGCGAGUCCUGAGGAUCGAGCAUCAGAAGCUGGGCCUCCAGGGCGCGAAUACUUUGGCAUCGGUGCUUGAAGACAACGAGUGUCUUCGUGAGGUCUACUGUGAAAAUAACGACAUCAACUUGCAGUCCUUUACCGUCCUUGUCAAUGGACUGCAACGGAACAAAUCCUUGCUGAGCCUGUCAUUUAUGGACCGUGACCGAAUCCAAUCCCUGGAGCGGGUGCGGCGCGAGAUUCGGAGCGUGAAGCGGGAUGUGAGUCUUGCGCAGAGCUCCACGACCAACUCUAUCCGUCGCUCUCUACAUGCCGCCAUGAAUGGUAAAAGCGGCGGCAAGUCGUCUAAACAACAGCAUGCAUCGAGCCAUCGCUCGGGCACCCCAGUGCCCUCAAGCGUGAGUGCUCCUGCCGAGACCUCUCCCCUGAUACAGCAAGACGUGGAGGUUAUUCUCCAGUCGUUGAGCCGCAAAUGGGACGCCGAGGUGGCCCGUCUCCGUCGGUAUCUGUACCGAAAUUACAAUUUGGCUCACGGUAUCGAAGAUGAUAUGGCCGCCUGUGACGAUGACACUUCGAGUGAUGGGCGCCCCACUACCGCCACAAGCCUUGGGAUGAUGCUGGACAGUAUGAAGUUGGAUGUGACGGUGUCUGAAAACGAGAUCCAGCCAGCAGCACCGCAGGAUUCUGCCCCCCUGCCGCCGGAGAUCGCGCCGACGAGCCCGAAAGACCAUCUGGAUAUGUUCAGGAGCCUUGAUGCGGAGAGUAGCUUGGUCGCUGAACUCCGACAGCGCCCGCAGACGGCUCCAUUCUCGUUGCCGGGCCAUGCCCCUCACAUGUUACCACCCGAGUAUCCCGGUUCCGGCUCAUCCUCGCGCCUGGGGGUGCCAGUGCCUGCCAUACCAUCCACGGUCAGCAAGUCCAGCAGCGUCCGCAGUGCCCGCAGCUCCAGCACAGUCUCGUCCAGUACUAGGGCUAGUGCGCGGAGUACGUAUGGGACAGCCUCCUCCACUCUGCGUGGCUUCCUUAGUUCAAGUGCCUCCAAAGAGCGCAAGAAACUGGAGAAGAUGAAGGCUGGCGCCGUGUGUGUUUCGACGGACAGACCGCCUAAGCUGGAGUGGGCGCCUCCGAAGCUUGAUCUGGGGCAUUUCCAGUAGCCUCCGUCGGAGUGCUCGUUCUACGUCGCUCAAGCAUGACUAAUGAAUUGAAUUCACGAUAACUUGGCAACCCACCUUCGCUAGUCGAAGAUAGGUCUCGUGGUUUUAGACCGUCGCCAUCGGACUCCAUCUAUCUCUCUCCCUACUUCCCUGCUUCCUUCUUUACCCACCAAAGCU